AAGACCCCCAUUUAAUGCUGCUUUGUAAAAGUGGGAGGCACUAAUUACACUCGUUAACGCUGACAUAACAUUGUAGAGAUUUAAUCGUUUACACAACACAUGGACGAGUUAUUUUAUCAACGUAUAACAUCAAUGAAAAAAGCCAUCCUGUUUGUAAAUACGAACAAGCUUACAGUGUGUCAUGCGAGACGUGUCGACACAACAUCAUGCAUGCGUGCAAAUAGUCCUACGCUCGUGACUGAACCUCGAUAUUCAUUAUUUCAGCAACAGCAGGAGCGACGAACGGUAUUCCUGUUUAUAUACAGUGAAAAAUACAUCCAUGAAUUGCAUGCCAACCAUGUCUGUCGAGGAACACUGGAAUAGACUGAAACAUGCCAAGUCGACUUCCUUCCUGAAGAGAAAUAUGACAGAUCUUAUCUUUAGAGAGCUUAAAGACAGAGUUACUUACUUCAAUGGAACUUUAGUAGACUGUAUUAAAGGAGGCUGUAUAAACCUGGACAGUGGGUGUGGUAUGUAUGCCUCGGAUCCUGAAGCGUACGAUGUUUUCUGGGAGAUAUUUCAUCCGGUUAUCAAAGAUUACCAUAAAGUUGAUAAAGUCGCCCAUCCCAACCCAGACUUUGGAGACAUAAACAAUCUUGGUUUCGGUGAUCUAGACCCAACAAAGAAGUACAUCUCGUCAACACGUGUACGCCUUGGACGGUCUCAAGCUGGUUUCCCUUUCCAUCCUACAGCCAAACUCAAGGAUCGGAAAGAACUAGAAUCCAGGGCAAAGGCAGCUUUGGAUACCUUAAGUGGGGAAUUGAAGGGAUCAUAUUAUUCCCUAAGCGAAAUGAGCGAGGACAAACAGAUCGAGCUUACAGAGGGACACUUCCUCUAUUUACAGGGAAAUAGGUUCCUUGGCGAUGCCAAUGUCUAUGACGACUGGCCAGUGGGACGGGGAAUAUUCUACAACCCAUCCAGGACGUUCUUGGUAUGGGUGAACGAGGAGGACCACCUUCGGUUCAUCUCAAUGCAGGAGGGGAGUGACUUGGGUACCGUGUACAGACGGCUGGUAACGGCCAUGAAAUCUCUGGAGGAGAGAAGCAGCCUGAAGUUCGCCCAUCAUCCCAACCUUGGGUUCCUAGGCUACUGUCCUACCAACCUUGGUACCACUCUGAGAGCCAGCGUACAUAUCAAAAUCCCAUGUCUCGCGAGUAAACCUUACUUCCAUGACUUCUUAGAAAAACAUCACCUGCAAGUAAGAGGUGUAAAUGGUGUGCACACGGAAAUGACUGGAGACAUUUACGACAUUUCCAACAAGAGGAGAUUGGGCCUAACCGAGAUCGAGGCUGUCCGCGAAAUGAUACGUGGUGUGGGGGCAGUGCUUGCUGAGGAGCAGAGGUUGGAUGGCAGUCUUAUGGUGUAAAGAUAGGUACACUAAGACAUUCAAGACAUUCUAAUGGAAAUAUUUAAUGGACAUAUUUAGAAUUGGUGAUAUUUUUUGCUGUUUGCAUUUCCAUACCGGUGUCUAACACUUUAUAGUAUCUAGAGAGAGUUGUGAUGUAUGUAUUACACACCUUGUAGCCCGUAGCCUGGAGUAUAUUUGGUGUCUGUGGUGGUGUCUACCUGACAACCUGAUUAGUAAAUGUGAAUCUUUGUUCAUAUAGUUGGUGACCGUCUGAUUGUAAUAAGACAACUUGAAAGAUGUCUGUAAGAUGUUCCUGUCUAUGUUUAAUAUCAAACGAAAUGCUGAGUAUCAAUGUCAAUGGCCAAGGCGGCUGGGUUUUAAUGCUGAGUAUACCCUACUACAAUGCAAAUGGCAAAGGCGGUUUGGUUUCGAUUCUCUGAUCGGUUUCCUCCCACAUUAAGAUCCUCUGAGCGAUAAUAUAAGUUAAAACCUUGUUUCAGAAGUGUUGUAAAAUAAAUCAAAGUUUUAGGUUUUCUUUCCUUAUAACCCCUGCUGAAACGGCUAUUCACGCUGUACAUUCCCUACUAUAACACCUGUUUCGUGCAAUAUCCCUCUACAACUACACACAUAUCAUGUUAUAUCCCUCUACAACAACACACAUAUCAUGUUAUAUCCCUCUACAACUACACACAUAUCAUGUUAUAUCCCUCUACAACAACACACAUAUCAUGCUAUAUCCCUUUACAACAACAAACAUCUCAUGCUAUAUCCCUCUAUAACAACACACAUAUCAUGCUAUAUCGCUUUACAACAACACACAUAUCAUGCUAUAUCCAUCUACAACUACACACAUAUCAUGCUAUAUCCCUUUACAACAACAAACAUCUCAUGCUAUAUCCCUCUAUAACAACACACAUAUCAUGCUAUAUCCCUUUACAACAACAAACAUCUCAUGCUAUAUCCCUCUAUAACAACACACAUAUCAUGCUAUAUCCCUUUACAACAACAAACAUCUCAUGCUAUAUCCCUCUAUAACAACACACAUAUCAUGCAAUAUCCCUCUACAACUACACACAUAUCAUGUUAUAUCCCGCUACAACAACACACAUAUCAUGCUAUAUCACUCUACAACAACACACAUAUCAUGCAAUAUCCCUCUACAACUACACACAUAUCAUGUUAUAUCCCGCUACAACAACACACAUAUCAUGCUAUAUCACUCUACAACAACACACAUAUCAUGCAAUAUCCCUCUAGAACUACACACAUAUCAUGCUAUAUCCCUCUACAACAACACACAUAUCAUGAUAUGUCCCUCUCUAAGGCGACUAUUUCAUGUUUUAUCCCUCUACAACAACACACAUAUCAUGCUAUAUCCCUCUUUAAGACGACUAUUUCAUGUUUUAUCCCCCUACUGCAACAACUGUUUACUUCAGCAUUCCCUACUUCAACUUGUGUGAGUGUAGGUGUGUGUACAUAAAUACAUGCAUACAACUUAUAUUUAAAUUGAAAAUGAUAUUAUCUUGUUUUACUUUUUUUAUUUGUUAAGAAACAUAUCAUGUAAUCGUUCAUACAUAAUCUGUCUUGAAAUUAUUUUAUAAUAAAUCUUUGU